CGUUGUCCGGUCGUCCGUUCGUCUUAUGGUUUUUAGUUGUUGUUGUUGUAAUGAUUGUUGAUGGCGGCAAAAACAACAGUUUUUUGUUGCUGUGGCUAUUCACUUUCAAGUUUAUAAAACCAUAUUACCAUGGAAUGUUGCAGACCAUUUGGUUAGAGGCAGUGUCAGUGACAGCUAUUAUAGUACAUAAUACCAUCACGAGUGAAAAUGAAAGUGAUGAUUUUUUCGAACUUGAAUUAAUAAAAUGUGAUUAUGUGUGAAUAAAUUGAUGUGAAAGAAUUAAAUCAAAAUUUCCAAUAUAACAAACGAUUGAGAAUUGAAAUAACAAGGAAUAUAUACAAUUUUAAGUGAUAACAACAGAUAUUAAUAUAAAUAAGUAUGGAUUCAAAAGAGUUCCGUGAAUUUGGAAAGGCAGCUGUUGAUUUUAUUGCCGACUACAUUGACAACAUUCGUGAACGCGAUGUUUUGCCAUCAGUUACUCCCGGAUAUUUAUUUGACCUACUACCGAACCAAAUUCCAGAGUCACCUGAAAAAUGGGAAGACAUACUAGCUGACAUCAGUCGAACUAUAAUGCCCGGACUUACACAUUGGCAAUCACCAAAUAUGCACGCCUAUUAUCCAACAGCAACUUCAUUUCCAUCAAUUGUCGGAGAAAUGAUUUCAAGUGGACUUGGAGUAAUUGGAUUUAGUUGGAUUUGUAGCCCAGCAUGUACUGAACUAGAAGUCGUGGUUAUGGAUUGGCUUGCAAAAUUCCUGAAUCUUCCUACCGAAUUCUUACACUCUUCUGAGGGACCUGGCGGUGGGGUUAUUCAAGGCUCCGCAAGUGAAUCUGUUUUGGUUGCAGUCUUAGCGGCUCGGGAACAAGCUGUUAAACGAAUCCAAGCUACACACCCCGAUCUUUCAGAAAGUGAGAUACGUGGUCGUUUGAUGGCUUAUUCAGGUGACCAAAGUAAUAGCUGCAUUGAGAAGGCUUGUGUUUUAGCAGCUGUCCCUUACCGCCUUUUGCCAGCCGGUGAUGAUUUGGUACUUCAUGGGGAUGCUCUGCAACAAGCUGUCAACGAAGACAAAGCUAAAGGUCUAUUUCCCAUCAUUUGUAUUGCAACAUUGGGAACUACUGGAACAUGUGCUUACGAUGAUGUUGAAGGUUUGGGAAAAGUUUGUAAGAGCGAAAAUAUCUGGCUUCAUGUUGAUGCUGCAUAUGCAGGAGCUGCAUUUGCUCUUUCCGAGUACAGUGAACUACUUCGAGGACUUGAAUUUGUGGAUUCUUUAAACUUUAAUCUGCAUAAGUUCCUUUUGGUGAACUUUGAUUGUUGUGCAAUGUGGCUUCGUGAUGCAAACAAUGUGAGUGAUAGCUUCAAUGUGGAUCGAAUUUACUUGAAGCACAAAUAUGAAGGGAAGUCUCAAAUACCCGACUACAGACAUUGGCAGAUUUCACUUGGAAGACGCUUUAGGGCGUUGAAAGUUUGGAUUACAUGUCGAUCAAUUGGAGCCGAAGGCUUAAGAGCUCACGUUCGUAAACAUAUUGAAUUGGCGAAGCAGUUCGAAGAGUUUGUCCUCAAUGAUGAACGCUUUGAAAUUGUCGCUAAGCGUGCUCUUGGUUUGGUUUGUUUCCGGUUGAAAGGGGAUAAUAAUUUAACAACCAGUCUCCUGGAUCGUUUGAUGGACCGCAAAAAAGUUUAUCUAAUUCAAGCCAAAUACAGAGAUACUCAUUUCUUGAGGUUCGUCAUUUGUGGUUACAAGACCGAAGAAAAAGAUGUAGAAUUUGCAUGGAAUGAAAUUAGAGAACAAGCUGACUUAGUUCUUGAAAGUCUAAAUGUAAAUAAAUUAAGAGAAAUGUUGGAGGAGCCUUCAGUUAAAACAUCAGAUAUUGGCCAAAUAACAGAGAACCUUUCACUGCUUAUGAGUGGAGACCCUGAGAAAUCCAAAUAAAAUGCAUAUAUUUAAUUUGUAGGUUAAAUUUUUUGAUGUAAUAAUUUAUACAAAUAUUCACUAACAAAAUUAAUUUAAGACAUUUCUAUGACUAUACAUACAUUAAAAACAUAAAAUAAUGUUAAAGAAUAUCUGUUUUUAUGAAUUCAUAAAAAAUGUGUGGUAAUAUAUUUUUUUCUGAAAAGAUAACUUUUUAAUUAAAGAUGAGACCAUUUUAAACAAAAAUAACUGUUUUUAAUCAUGAAUACGGUUUUUUUGGUUUAUUUCCAUAAGAAUUAAGAAAAGCUGUAUCUAUUGAAGAUAUUGUUAUAUUUAAGAAAAAAGUUAGUUGUGUGAUCUAAAA